AUGGCUGCUGUCAACGGUACUGCUGGAGAGAGUAUGGACAACAAUGGGAACAUUAGUGACGACGAGGCAGAGGACGUUGAAAACACUUUGGAGAAACAUGAACGGAGUGGCGAAUAUGAACUCGACAAGGAGGAACCGCCUUCUCCAUCUGCGCAUGAGUGGAAAAUUAUCCUGAUGAAGGCUGAGUUUGCUGAAGAUCUUUGUGAGCAAAUACGUAAAAUGAAGCCAUAUGAGAGGUGUCGACUUACUGGCAGAAUUGUAACCACCAAAUCAUUUAAAGAUCUCAUUCAGGGUUUCUGCUUUUUCCUUGACUGUGGCACUAAGAUCGCUACUAAAGUUAUGAGGAAUCUGACUCGUAAAGUUUUCGCAUGUUGUGAUCUGCUCUUCGAAAUUUGUCGUAUUCUACCGGAUCAGUUGCUGCACUUCCGAACUGAUUCUCUCUCUACAUGGUUCAACGUUUUUCAUUUCCUUAAAUUCGUUCCCGAUCCACAAACAUCGGUCACGCCACGGAUGUUCAACGUAACAAACCAUCCUUUAAAAAGACAUAGGAAGAAGAAACUAGUCAAAAUUUUCCAGGACGCUUGGAUCGGUUUAAUGAUGUGUUCCGUCCCUCCUAAAGUCCUUAUCAUCAUGAUACCGUAUAUAACAGAUAAUGUUCUAGACAAGCUUGAUGAACCUCACAAAACAGCGGAUUUCUUCUUCAAGGCGUUCGAUAAAGGAGAUUUGUUUGCGAUCCUUUCCUUGGCGGCCAUUUUCAAACUUAUUGUAUCUCAUAACUUUGAAUAUCCUAACUUCUAUGAUCAUGUGUAUUCUCUUACGAAGCCUUCAGUUUUGUAUUUGGAUCAAAAAGAAAAGUUUAUAACACUUCUUGAUAAAUUCCUUUCGUCCACGCACAUUCCUAACUAUGUUGUUGCUGGAUUUGCGAAACGUCUCUCACGUAUGCUUCUUCUUGCUCCAUUGGAUGCUCAAGAACCAGUUCUUGGAUUAAUACGAAAUCUACUAACUCGCCACCCUAUUGUUUCCACGCUUAUUCAUCGUGAACUGCCAGAAACACUACCUUCGGACCCUUACAAUGAAGACGAAUCUCGGCUCAGUGAAUGUGGUGCUGUCAGAAGUUCUCUGUGGGAAAUCAGGAUGGAAUCAUUUGUGCGAUUUCGAUGUCAAGACGAGUUGUUCUCCAAUAUGAUGGCGCGACCUUUUGGUAGUGGAGGAGAUAGCGAAGAAGAGAAAUACAGUCGAGCACAG